AUGGAAGAGCGAGAGAGAGGGCUGUGUGAAAGAGAGAAAAGCAAUACUUCAAGACUAGGGGGCUCCAAUGAAACGCCUAAACCCGCCACUGCCGUCUUCAGCAAAGGCCCGUCCGCCAUGCGUGGCAGAUGCACUGCAUUCACCAUGCCCAGUCGCCUGCAGUUGCCUACAACACACUUCAAACGAAUCAUGGAGUCUGCAGCAUCGACUAUCCUCGGCCACGGCUCAUUGCCUACAUUUCGGCUUGAAGCUUCACUCGUUGCAUCUCCAGUGCCCUUGGUGAAGGCCCCUGCAAUGUCGGAGCGCAAACUCGGAGUGGGCAUCCUCGGGGCAGCGAGGAAUGUGCCUUUCUCGGUGCUACAACCGUUGAGACAAAAUCCAGAUUUGGCCGCCAGGCUUUUGCAUUGCUUUCGGUCCUUUCGAGUCACUAUUUCGCCGAUAGCGAUGCGAUGCAUAUGGGUUGUGAAGGUGCUGGCGAUUGUUCUUCUCGUCCCGCUGCUCGCAAACUUGGUGACCGUGUUGAUAGCUCUAGCAAAUGGAUCAACGAGUUGGACGCUCCUGGUCGUCCACACAGUCCUGGUAUUGGUAAUGACUCUGACGGCUGUGAUCAGAUGCUUGUUCCUGCGAGACGUUCGUCCUCACAGGCAAGGCGAGGUUCCCGUGACCGUGGCAGCUGGAGACCGUCCUGUCACGGCCACACGCUCAUUGAAGAAGGACCAGCAGUCGGUCUCAGCCAUUUCUCCCCCUCCCCACAUGGUGUCAUGUCGCAAUGCUGCUAAAUCCGGCAUGCAAGUCAAAGUGGCACUUUCGACUCUCCCUGAGGACUCUGGUUGCGUCAUGGCCACGUGCGAGUUUGGAAUGCUCCUGUCUGCAAGCCUCGUCUUCCGCAACGUCGCUUUGGGCCAGGGCCAAAACGACAAGGGCAUCAUGGACUGCGGGGCCGCGGUGUCUCACCAGAUCAAAGUGGACGCUGCAGCACAACAGACUUGCCUUUGUUGCUUGGAAGACUUCACCAGCAACAGCAAGGUCGCCUUGCUGCUGUGUGGCCAUGUCUUUCACGAGGAUUGGGGCAUUGCCAAGGCCUACGCUAGCUUCGAGGAGCUGCUGUCUGAUCCUACAGUGGACGCCGUAUACAACGUCCUACCAGCAGCUCAUCGGUGUCACUGGACGGUCAAAGCCAUUCAAGCAGGGAAGCAUGUGCUUUGUGAGACUCCGUCAGUACUAAAUGGCCGUGAGGCCGUCAUCGUGCAGAGGGCUGCAGAGGACGGAGGCCGCGUCCUUUUGGAGGGCACGCAUCCUACGAGCCACCCUGUGACCAAGCGAGUUCGGCAGAUGAUCCUGGAGGGGAAGAUAGGGACUCUGGAGUACAUCGACCUGGACAUGCCAGUGGGUCACUCACUCCAAGGCAAGGUUGUUUGCUCCAAGACCGGCGCGCUGAUGGGCGUCGGUGUCCACGGAGUGGCCAUCGUGCGUGCUCUGAGUGGAGACGAGCCAAUGGUGAUCAGUGCGACGGCGCAGCAGUCGCCCGACGACCCGGGGGUCGACGCAGCCAUGAGUUGCAACCUUCGCUUCCAAAGCGGCGCGGGUGCUCACAUCGGAUGUUCCAUUCUUCCCCAGAUGGCCAAGUCGCCGACGAAGUUCACGAUUUCGGGCACUGAUGGCAUCAUCCGUGUACGGGAAUGGUUCACCGGCCAGGGGAAAAGCUCCAACGAGAUUGCGCUAGAGCAGUUUGCAGAGAGUGGCGAAACGUAUGUGGAGAGGGUGGACAACGCUGUGAACCGCGAUACCUUCUACUACCAGCUCAUGUCCUUCGUAGACGAAGUGGUUCACCAAGAGCGUGGACAGAACAUGGGCAUGCCAUGGGCCUACUUGAACAAGGGCCCGGCGGACACCGUGCGGAACGUUGCCUUGCUAGACGACAUCUACCGGAAGGCAGGGAUGAAGCCGCGUGGGUCGGAGACACUGCCGCCUGAGCCGUACAACCGGAUUGGCCUUGCAAAGCUGUGA